AUGCCAGAGGGUUAUGUUUUUGUUGCUAAGGGUGAUCCUUAUGUCACCAGAAACUGCAAGACGCAGAGUAAGGCUCAAGGAAGUGUGGUGUACAUGGUUUAUGACAGCAAAGGCAAAGAACAGCUUGGCAUCCGAGUCAAACAGGAGGUAUACAGCCAUAUCACCGAUCUCGCGACCCAAACAGCCAAGGAUCGCGCCAAGGCUGUUCUUCUUCGAGACGCACGAGACCAGAAAAAGGCACAGGAGGUCUUGAAAGAGACAUUUCCAAAGAUCCCAGCCCACUGCGCAGAGCGGAUCCUCAAGCAUUCGUUCUUAAAAGGGUCUGGAAGAGUGGGACGAACGACGACCAAGUCGGCAGAGAAAAAGGCGCAACUUGCGGUAGAGGCACAUCUCAGACACGAGCACACCUCGUACGAUAGUCUGCUUGAUGAUGGGGCUGGUCGAGAGGAUGCUCGUGCGGCGGUGCGGAACGUCGUCCAGGGUAUGAAAGAUCAGUGGGCGGGGAAAUCCAAGAUUGAAGUAUAUUUGGCGGGCGACUGUAGUCGCUCACGACAGAGAUCGUCGUCCAGCGUUGCGAAUAGAUGA